AUGCUUCGUGGUUAUGUAAGUUCUUUUUAAUUAAAAAAUCAAGAUUUUUCCAAAAAAAAUACAGUACUUAUUUUUUAAAGAUAUGGCUUCUAAUACCGCUAGUAUGGUCUCAAGUUGACGCCGAAUUAAAUGUCCCUCAGUUACUAGUCAAUGAGAAGAAUAUUGUAAGUAUUGUUUUACUUAUUUUCAGUCAUCAGCUUUUGUUUACACAACUUUGUUUAGGGUGGUGCUGGCACAAAAGCCCGGCUUUCAAAGAAAGGUGUCCAAUAUGUUAGUCAAAUACUCUCCGGUGCUUUAAUUACUGAAGUUGUUACUGCCCCGUUAACUCUAAAUCCCGAGAAUCUGAAUGUAAGUGCAAUUAGUUAUGCAUUUAAAUACGGUACAGGUCGGAAAUGAGAAAAUUCUCCUUGCUGAUAUGACGAUAAACGCCAAGAGUUCUCGACACAAUUUGACAACUGAUAUUCAACCUCCAGAUACGAUUCUCGUGUCAUUUGUUGGUCUUGAUUUAAAGUGAGUUCUCAAUUUGAAGUUACUGAUUAUGAUUUCUUUUGAAGAGUAUCGGCCAGAUUGACAAAUGCGGCCCAGGAAGAAAAAGGAACGGUUAAAAUUGGAUCCGAAUCCAUCACCCUGGAUCUGGAAGUAGUUCCAACCAGAACCACUCAAGGGGCUCCUAACAUCAGAUUGAAGAGCUGCAAGGUCGCUAACAAGGCCUUUAUCGUGACCAUGACGACGGAAGCUCCGGAUGAAGACUUGACGGUAAGUAGGAACAUUGACUGUGAUUACAAUCGACGCAGAAGACGCUUGAAGCAGAGGCCCAUGACAUCUUCGAAGGCUUCCUUUGUGCCCGCGUUGAGUUUAUCGUUGAAGACCGAAUCAACGAUCGUUUUGGACUACUGUCACCUAAAGUUACAUUGGCCCAUAUUAAUGAUGACGAGUUGAUUAAGGACUUGGCCGAUCGUUUAAGGGCCCGAAGACAAAGACGUCAUCCAUAUCCCGGUAAUCUUGGCGCUGGAAUGAACUUGCCCAUGGGUUUUAAUCUUGGUGCUGGACUGGGAAGGAAGAAGAGGAACGCCCCAUGGGGUAACCUGGGCGCUGGAAUGAACUUGCCCAUGGGAAUGAAUCUGGGUGCUGGAUUAGGAAGAAAGAAGAGGUCUCCAGGAUGGGAGUUGCCCAGUAUGAAUGGAUUGUCAGGCAUGUCACCCAAUAUGGGAGUCGAUAUGAGGUGGCCGGAGAUGAACAUGAACUCUUGGGGAAGAAAGAAAAGAUCUCCUGGAUGGGAAUUGCCUAACAUGAAUGCUGGUAUGCCAAAUAUGGCAGCAAAUUUACGAUUCCCAGAGAUAGGCAUGGAUUCAUGGGGAAGAAAGAAAAGAAAUGCCCCUUAUUAUCCCGGUAAUCUUGGCGCUGGUAUUGGUCUUCCUAUGGGACUCAAUCUUGGAGCUGGUCUUGGAAGAAAGAAGAGGUCACCUGGAUGGGAAAUGCCCAAUAUAAACGCUGGAAUGCCUAAUAUGGGAGCUGGUAUGACAAUGCCCAACAUGGACUUUGGGAAUUGGGGAAGGAAGAAACGCGAUGCCGGAGUAAUUCCCGGAUUCAACGUGGUAGAGUGAAACAAUGUUAAGUUAUAAUACUUCUAUAAUUCAGUCUCACAUGGAUGCUCUCUUCUUGGAUUACACGAUUAAAUCUGAUCUCAAAGUGACCAAUCUUGGUUUGGAGAUUGAGAGUAGUGGUGAGGUUUCGUUGCGAGGCCGUGGAGGUACACCAUUCGGCCCUGUUCCAGCUCCAUUGCCUGAAUCUGUCCAUGAGGACUCUAUGCUUCAGAUGAUUGUGUCUGAUUACAUGCCAAACUCCUUAAUGUAUCAUGGGCAUACGUAAGAGUCAAAGUUUUUCGAAUUGUUUAACCUUUCAAAUAUACUAAUACUUUGAAAUGUCCUUUAAGAAUCGGCCUGUUUAAAACAAGAGUGGAUCCAACAACUCCUCACUUUGGUCCCAUCAUGAAGACCACUUGUUCUCUGUCUACCGGAAUGUUGUUCUGUUUGGGAGACUUGUUCCCCACUCUCAGAAAGACCUAUCCAGACCGACGUCUGGUACUGUUCUUCAACACUCUCCAAGCCCCUGUUAUUGUGUUCCAUCCCGCCUCUUCCGGUGGAAUUAAAUUUGCUUUGAUUGGGCGGAUCGCCAUCCUUGUUGUUCAUCCCCAAACUAAGGCGGAGGAGUUGGUGGCUGAGAUGAAGAUUGAUGUGGAUGCACAGAUGAAGAUGAGACUGUCGAGUUCGAUGGUUAGACCAAAGAUUUCUCUAGACAGAAUCAAAUUGGUAUGAUUUUUUGCGAUGGUUUUGGCCUUAAUUUAAUAUAGAUGACAGAGAAUUUUAGACGACAAUGUCACCGGGAAUUCUCUUGCAAAAUGAACUUGAUGACGCCGUCUUAUUGGCCAGAGAAGUAUUGCAGAGAAUGGUGAAUGACUUGUUAAAGGACGGGAUUCCAAUCCCAGUUCAUCCUCUUUUCAAGUUGGUCAAACCUAAGGUAAUAUUUAAUGCUUAAAAUUCAUGUCCUUCAUCUCAAAUGGCAUCAAUAAUGUUUUCAGGUGAAAGUGAUCGACCGCGCUCUGCUUCUGCAAACAAAUUUCGAGCUGAACGAGAGACUAAUGCGCCAACUGACAGCCGGCGACCUCGAUCGACGACGUCGUUUCUGA